AUGGAGAAUUCAUUUUGUUCAGAAUAUUGGCCUGAAAAUCAAGAUUCAGUAUAUUUACUGCCACAGGUUCCUUGUUAUUUCCCUCAAAUUCAAUGCUCUCAUGAAUCCUUUCAAGAGAGAAGAGAAAGUGCUACUAGGAGCCACAGUGAAGCUGAAAAAAGACGCAGAGACAGAAUUAAUGCUCAGCUUUCUACUCUCAGAAAACUCAUUCCUACUUCUGAAAAGAUGGAUAAGGCAGCUCUAUUAGGAACUGUAGUUGAUCAUGUUAAGGAUCUCAAAGGCAAAACAGCAGAAAUCAGCAAAGUGUUAAACACUCCAACUGACAUUGAUGAAGUAACAAUUGAGCAUUUAAAUGAGGAAGAAGAAAACAAAGGGUGCCUUCUUAAGGCCUCUUUUUGUUGCGAUGAUCGACCUGAAUUAUUCUCAGAGCUACAACGGGGAAUUAAGAAUCUGAAAUUAACAGUGAUGGGGGCUGAUAUAACUAGUUUGGGUGGGAGAAUUAAAGGUGUGUUUAUGCUUUGUCCUAAUCAAAAUUCUGCAAAUGAUGUUUGCAUGAAUUCUCUCAAAAGAUCACUCAGAGUUGUCCUCUCUAGAAUUGCUAUAUCCCCUUCUACAUCAAAUUACAGAAUUAAAAGCAAGAGGCAGAGGUUCUUCUUGCCCGCUCACUUUUCUUAA